AUAUCUUGCUCCUUCCCAAAUCUUCAUCAUUUUUUAACUUGUCAAUAAAUUUAGAAAAUGUGGUGCUGAAUAAUUCCAGACUAUCAAAGAGUUUACGGUCAACGUCAGACCUUUGUAUAACUAGCGGAAGUGUAAGAGUGUACGGAAUACGGUAUACUACAUAUACUGACUAAUACCGAUUAAUAUCGGUUACGAAGAAAGAGGGGCAAGAGGAGGCUUUUUUUUUUAUCUUCCCUAAAACGUCAACCGAGCGUCAGCUGUUAUUUAGUUAUAGGCGGACCCAUCACCCAUCGGUCAAAAUCGGUGGUGACUAGCUGCAAACUUGGCUUUUGUCCGGCCGUCCUUUGACCCACUACCACAAUUUUGAAGUACUUCUUCCGAACGCUACCAACUUUUUACUUUUUACAUUUACACAAGAUAUUCUACCCGCCGUCAUCUUCUCCCGGUUCAAAAAUUUCUGCUGUUUAUUCUAGCAGAUUUAAAACAAUCUUACCCGCCACAUACCACACAGCUUUGAUAUCCCGUAGCGAAGGGCGGUACAAUCGAUUCGACCCUACCGAAUCCCCGAAAGCUCUCGCGAGCUCGCCAAAGAGAGUCACUUGAAAAUAUGCCGCCGAGUUACUCCAGCCGGCGCGGCCAGGCCGUGAACGUGUCACAAUUAUUACAAGACUUGAAUAGAGUCCCGGAGCCUACCGCAGCACCGGAGGAAAACUUACGAAAUCUCGACGAUGAAUUGGCCAUGUUCACUAAUACCAAUUUCAUCGAUUGGGAUGCAAACGAGAGCCAGCAGCAGCGACAACAGCAGCAGCAGCAACAGCAGCAACAGGCUUCAUCAAGCGUUAGUUUGGACACACAGUCGACAACGUCGCCCACAGAAGAAGGGCCAAUGAGUAGUGAUUUGGCGGGAUUUGACUUCAACCUACCAGGCGAUUUCAACGGGUUUGACUUUCACCCUUAUUCAACGCCAAAUGUCUCGGCUUUCUCAGACAACCUGGGAAACCUACAACCUAUCCAGCCUUCGCCAACUUUCCCUCCCAAUGGAUCGCCACAGAAUGCCUACGGGGCUUCAAUGCCGCAGACGGGAGACAAGCGAAAAUCUGCUGAUCCUGCCGUUCCACCUCGCCGGCAGUUGUCCUUCGAGGAGCAGUCCCGGUUAGCUGCGGAAGAGGACAAGCGGAGGCGGAAUACGGCCGCCAGCGCAAGAUUCCGCAUUAAGAAGAAAGCUCGCGAGCAAGCUCUCGAGAAGCGCGAGAAGGAGUUAAGUGACAAGGUCGGGACCCUGGAGGGCCGAAUUCAAACUCUAGAGACCGAGAACAAAUGGUUAAGAGAGCUUGUCAUGGAAAAGACGGGCGGGAACGAAACGCUAAUAUCCACAUUAUUGGAAAAGCAUAUUGAGAAGAAGCCAGCUGGCAAAGAGUCGGAGAGUAAUGCUAAGACGGAAGCCGAGAAGGCCUCAUAGUAAACUCAGCAUGAUGAUACCAUUGAAACAUUUAAUGAUGGCGUUACGGGGAAAUCAUAUCGGUUGUGCACCGUUAGGCGGCGGCGGCUUUGGGGAUAUAUCACGUCUGGUUUUGAAGCAUGAUUCGAGGGUAAUCGCCUUACUCUUAACUCCAAUACAUGAACAUACCUAGGUUUUACCUAGCAAAUCGCCAUUUUCGUGAUAUCAAUCUUGUAGAUGGCUUAUAAAUAUCCUUCCGUGGUUUUGACACG